AUGACGGGCGACCCCGUAACCAGAUGGGAAAACCGCUCCUACGGCUACCGCUGGGAGAAAGACAAGUGGCAAGGAAUGUACAUUUUAUUCAUCUGCCCGGAGAAAUACUCCCCAGCUAUGUUGGAGGCGGCGAUGAUAGACAAGGCCAGUACUGAACCCGGGAAAAGAUUGUUUUAUCUAGUCGGCAAUGCGUUCGCAUGUCGGUCUGUGCUGGUGGUCUGGUUCGGUAUUUCGGUCUGUGUGGGCACUUGGGGAGAAGGUGGGCCGGUCGGGCGAGCUCCCGUCCUGGGCGCGAUUCGCACGGUGCAGGCCGUGAUGCAAGAGGUGCCGCAGGCUGCUAACACAAGUGUCAAGACGAUGGCUGCGUGCGGGGUGAAGAAUAGUGAGCGUGAUGCACACCGAAUGGCACGAAGGUGCCAGCUGACAGUGCCAAUUGAAAUUUCUGAAUGUUGCAUUCACGGAUGCGUGCUGCCAGUGGUCCUUUUGAGCAGCUGGCUGCUUUACCUGGUUUCGAGAAACUUGCUCCACACUCUGUGCGGCCUCAGCGAGCCCGACAUUGCGAGGUGUGAUGCCAUUUGGACCUGCUUCUGGUCUAGGUACAGAAAAAUCUAUCCCAAUCACGACGUCUUCAGGCGGGCACAAGCUGGCGAGAUAAAUCUUGCCAAGACGAUUGCCCUGAUCGUCCACGGGGACGAGGGCCGAACCAAAAAGAAGACGGGGAUACUAAUAGUAUCGUGUCACAGCAUCCUUGGAUACGGUUGCGAGGCCGGCACUGUGCACGGAGCGGAGGACUAUUGCAAGCAACUUCUGAAUAUGACAGGCCACUCUUUGACAAGCAGAUGGAUUUUCCAACAAUACCUGGGUGUAUUUACGGAUGAUAUGGUGAAGGCCUACAGAGACGGGAUAAAAUCUCCGAGUGGCGACACCUACACGUUCGCGGUGAUUCAUGUUAUUGGAGACUGGCCAUGGCUGGCUAAGGCAUUCAAUUUGUCUCGUUCUUUCGCCAACUGUUCGAAGCAAGCAACGUCACGUGGGGUUCCUAAGGGGAUCUGUCACGUUUGCCGUGCGGACCAACCAGGUUUUCCAUUUGAGGAUUUCUCUGGAAGGGAGCCAAAGUGGAGGCGCACCGUUAACACCCAGAACCCGUUCAUGAACUCACCUCCGUUAACGAGGCUCCCCGGGGAUUCCACAGACCCAACGGCCCUCCUGGGACAAGACUUUUUCCACGGGUGGCAUUUAGGCUUUGCCAAGCAGUUCCUGGGAUCAUGUUUGGUACUGCUACACGAGAUUUUCCCAGGACGGAGUGUCCCCGCCAAAUUCCAAGCAAUGUCUGAUGACUUCUUCAGUUGGUGUAAAGCCAACAACCAGAACCCUUUGAUUAGGAAGAUGACGCGUGACACCUCCGGCUGGGCAUCUACGGCUGAUUACCCUUGUGCUUCGUGGAGCAAAGGCUCAACCUCAACCGUGGUUUGUCGCUGGUUCAUCAGUGCAUGCGCUCGCCAUGCGGGCUUCAUCGAUGAAGGGUCUUUGCUGCAGAUUGCUUGCUUGGCCGCUCGGGAGAUUUAUGCUUUCAUUUCCAAGAGCUACAAAGCGGCUGUUUGGAUUUGGCACACCGAUGCUGUCGAAUUAUCUUCACAUGGCUUCCGAUUUCUUGCUCUGAUGGGUCAAGCUGCACGCUCUGCAUACGAUCAAGGCCGAGCUUUGUUUUACUUCACACCCAACUGCCACCGGUUGCACCACCUUUUUUACUUGGAGUGGGAUCAAGCGCAGAAAGCCGAUUGGAUCCUCAACGUGGCAGUCUUCAGCUGCCAAACUGAAGAAGACUAUAUAGGCCGCCCGUCGAGGGUGAGCCGCAGAGUAGCCCCCCAGCGUGUAAUACAGCGUACAAUCGAGCGUACGCUGGAAGCUACGCAUGCGAAAUUUGUGCAAGCAGGCUACGUCAUACCAUGCAAAUCGAAAGGCUGA